UUUGACUGAAGUUCGAGGCGCAGUAAGCCCAACAAGGCGAUGCUUUGUAGAUUCUUGGUGGGUACAGUAGUCUGUUAGCUUCUUGUAUCUCAGGUCGUGGAAUCAAUGUUAACGGGGCAUGUCCGCACUGUUCCAACCCGGAAACUGCUGUGCAUUUGUUCUUCACAUGCCCCUUUGCACGGCAGGGAUAUCUAGCAACUUCACCUCUUGGGUUCUGUGGGGAUUAUGGACAACCCGUAAUCGACUCAUAUUUGAGAACAGAUCAACCUCGGCAUGGACUAUGGUGGACAACGCAUCUUCAGCGGCUCGCGAAUGGCUCCUAGCUCAGACAAUAGGGACCACCAAGCAGGCACAAGGGUCUGUAGGCCUAGAACUUCCCCCUUUCAGUCCAGAUGUGGUGUGUUGCAACACAGAUGCUGCGUGGACUGCAUCAAAAAGAGCAGGUCUGGGAUGGUGCUUUGAAAACGUCUCCCACGGUGUCUACUCAGAAGGAUCCUGGGCUCUCGAUCACAUCUCCUCCCCCCUCAUGGCGGAAGCGCUGGCUAUGAGGGAAGCAAUGCAGGUAGCGAAGCGCACAUCACUUCUCAACGUCUGGUUCCGAACCAGCUCGCUAGAGCUAUAAACUCGAAGCUAUAUUCGGUGGAGCUCUUUGGAGUUCUCAUGGAUAUCGAGUCACUAUCUUCUUCUUUUUCUUUCGUCCAUGUUUCCUUUGUUGGGCGCGAAUACAAUGGUGUGGCGGACUCCCUCGCGAAGUCCCUUCUCCAAAACUAUUAUUCGGCUUUGUAGUAAACAUUUUCUUUAGAUAUAUUAUUCAGUUGGUUGACAAAAGAAAAAGGCUUCUUGUAUCUCUUCUCCUCCUUCCUCACCUGACAGCUAAGUAGCCUUUAGGAAAAACUGUUACAUUUGUGGAGAGUCUUCGAAAACUUGUUCUUUAUUUCUACUUCCAGUUUUGUUGAGGUUGUUGCUGUCUUCUUUGUUGCCAUUCUUGUUGUUGUUGGCUUGUUUAGAUGCGUUAGCUACUUUUUGCCAUUUCUUGAGAAUAUAUUGAGCUUUAAGAUCUCUCUAA